AUGUCGUGGUGGGCGGCAAGGGAAGCCAUCAGCCUAAUGGAGCUGAAACGAGCAACAGGAGCAAAUGUCUCGGUUCCGUCCGAUUUGUACUUGUUUCUGAGGACGAUGCGACUCCCCACCACCUUGUCUCGCUGUGGACGCUCCACCAAAGCGAAAGUGUCGUUCUUGAUGAUGGACGUUAGCUCAGCCACUAUGGCCCGUCGCCAUUCGUCUGCAUCGGGACCGCUCAGCGCCUUUUUCAUUGCAACCUCGGAUACGAAGCUUUGUUCGAUGGCAUCGACGAUGUUGGCACCGGGAUUCGGCACCGUCCGAAAUUGCUUCCUGGGUCGGCCACGUCAACCUGUUCUUACAAUUCUCGGGCGACCUGGAGCCCUCGCACGAUCCGCAUUGUUGUCAUCGUCGAUGAUGUCGCGCUCGUCAUCUUCUUCAGCAGUCGUCACGUCCCGCUCCGACCUAUCGUUCGAUUCACCGUCGGCGUAGACGCCGUCUGGGACGUCGGCGGGGCGAUGGACCUCGACCUCGACCUCGAUGACGUUCCGCGGGUCGUUGACCGUCGCCGGCGGCGCUCCACCAGCUGGAGGAGGGUGCACGAUCUCGACCGAACGCCGAACCUCCGGCGAAGUCUCUCUGCUCUGUUGGGUCUGAGCAGGAUUGUCGACGUGACGCCGUUCCUUGUCGUCCUCUACGAACACGACGUCGCGGCUUAUCAGUACGGUCCUUUUUACUGGUGACCAGAUUCGGUAUGCCUUGGAUUCGUCGGCAUAACCCAAGAAAACGCCUUCUUCUCCUCGCGGGUCGAACUUCCCUUUCCCCGGUCGCCUGUCUAGGUAGUAUACCCUGCUGCCGAAAGCUCUGAAAUUGGAGAUGUCGGGUUUCUUACCGGUCCAUGCCUCGUACGG